AUGCAGAAGCCAGGGAUAGACGAGGAGGCCAUUCGAAGUGCAGACCCCAACGAGCUUGUCUCCCUCCUCUCUCGCGCCAAGGUGGUGGUGCAUGAGGAUCGGAUUCUGGAGAAGCCUCUCUCCGAAGCUGAGGCUCGGGAGUUCAUCCGAGGCUACUCUUGCGCGCCUGCCCGCACUGUAGGGGCAGUUCUCAUAACGAAUCUGAACUCGGGCAAGCAGGCAGCAGCAGUGGAUGUUGCAGAGGUUUACUUUCGGGCCAUUCCUGACUCUGUGAUCGACCAGCUGGCAGACGGCAGCACUGGAGUAGACGUUGCAGAGGUGGUGCCAGAUGUUCACAUCCAGCCCAUUCCUGAUUCUGUGCUUGACCAGGUGGUGGCAGAGGGCGACAUUUUCUACUGCGCUGGAGGGCUCAUGGUAGAGCAUCCCCUGGUGGCGCCGCUGGUGGAGAAGAUGGUGAGGGGGAUUGGGGGAAGGGAAGAGGGGAAAGGGGAGAGGGGAGAGGGAGAAGUGGCGCCGCUGGUGGAGAAGAUGGUGAGGGGGGUGAUGGGGAAGAGGUUAGGGGAGUGGGAAGAGGUGGGAGGAGGAGAUGUGAGAGGUGCAAUGGUGGGGGGUAUCGAUGCAGUCAUGGGGCUGUCCAAAGAGACAACCGUGGCACUCAUUGCCCAAGGCGGGGGCAUUGUGAAUGGGGAGGCGCUGAAGGUGUACCCGAGGGAGGAGUUUCCUGCGGAGUUUGAGUUUCCGGGAAGCGACAGAAUACCGCGCCUUCUACGGCCCCGACCGCAACUGUUCCUGGGCCCGUUCUCCUCCCCCCCGUCGUACCUGACCGGCGAGUACCCCGGUGACUACGGCUGGGACACCGCGGGUCUGUCCGCUGACCCCGAGACCUUCGCCAAGAACCGCGAGCUCGAUGUGAUCCACGCUCGCUGGGCUCUUCUCGGUGCCCUCGGCUGCCUGACCCCCGAGCUCCUCGCCAACAACGGCGUCGAGUUCGGCGAGGCUGUGUGGUUCAAGGCCGGUGCUCAGAUCUUCUCCGAGGGUGGCCUUGACUACCUCGGCAACCCCAGCCUGAUCCACGCGCAGUCCAUCCUGGCCAUCUGGGCCACCCAGGUCAUCCUCAUGGGUGCCGUCGAGAGCUACCGCGUGGGUGGCCUUGAGGGCUUCCAAGAGGUUGAGGACCCCCUGUACCCCGGCGGUGCCUUCGACCCCCUGGGUCUGGCUGACGAUCCCGAGGCCCUCGCUGAGCUCAAGGUGAAGGAGCUCAAGAACGGCCGCCUCGCCAUGGUGUCGAUGUUCGGCUUCUUCGUGCAGGCCAUCGUCACCGGCAAGGGCCCCCUGGAGAACCUGUCCGACCACCUGGCUGACCCCACCGUCAACAACGCCUGGGCCUAUGCCACCAACUUCACCCCCGGCGCUUGA